GUACUGCAAUGUUUGAUAAAGAUAUUCAGUUAAAUAAUUCUGAAGACAAUUUUAAUAUUGAAGAUAAUCUUGAGGAUAAUCUUGAAGAUAAUUCUAUUAUGAAUGAUCUAUCUAAAGUCGAUUCUAGUAUGCUAGAAAUUAAGAAUAGUAUUAAUUUGAAUUUUGUUUUGAAUAAUACGAAUUAA